UGUUGGCAGACGAUUACUUUGCAGGACUUAAAUAUUUUAAAAGUAUACAUGAAAAUUGUAUAAACAGACAAAGGUCACAGUACUAUAAUAAGUGAAACGCAAGCUGUACUCAAGAAAGUAUAUUUUGCAGGUUCAUUAUGUCUGAUGCGAAGGGUAUUGAUGACGAAGAUGUGCCAGAAGAUAAAAAGGCAGAGCUUGUGGAAGGGAGUGGUCAACAGUCAAUGGAAGAAGUAGAUGAAAGAGAACAAAUACAAAAAGAGGAAGGCAUUUCAAAAAUAUUAAGUUCUGAUGAUUUCGUCUCAAAACCUUUCUUCAGAAAAGAGUUUACUGUGCCUGAAGAUAUUCUUGUCUUCCACCAUUCCUAUGGUUAUGACUGUCAACAAUAUUCCAACUUGGUGCUUUUAGAAGAAAAUAUUAUUGCAUUUGCAUCUGGAAACCUGAUACAUGUCUUUAAUGUAGACACUAAAGAAUUAUGGUUCAGGCGAAGUGCUGGUGGUGGAGGCAUAGGCCACAUGACUAAAAACCCCAAUCCUAUGUAUCAACACCUUGCAGUAGCAGAGAAAGGUGACAAUCCAUCGAUAAUAAUUUAUGAAUGGCCCUCAUUUGGCAUAGUGUGUUUACUGAAGAAAGGUGCUGAUAAAAUAUACUCCCAUAUAAACUACAGCCCAGAUGGAGAGACGCUGUGUUCGCAAGGAGGAAAGCCUGACCGCCUGUUAACUGUGUGGAGCUGGAAGGAAUCCAAGAUAACUUUGCAAUGCCAAUCAUACAAUGACGAUGUGUAUAAAUCAACAUUCUCUCCCUCUGUUUCUGGGCAUAUUACAACAUGUGGUUCAGGUCAUAUUAAGUUCUGGAAGAUUGUAAAAACUUACACAGGUUAUAAGCUUUUGGAAUCACUUGGAAAGUUUGGAAGGACAGAGACGAGUGAUAUUAUUGGCUUCCUCGCACUUCCAGAUGCAAAGGUGAUAUCUGGCUGUGAGUGGGGCAACAUGUUGCUGUGGGAAGAAGGACUAAUCAAAGUUGAAGUUUCAAGAAAGAUGAAAAAAAGCUGUCAUUCUGCUCCAAUAACACAGUUUGAAUUUGAAAGUGGAAAUCUUAUAACUGUUGGGCUUGAUGGAUUCAUAAGGAUGUGGUAUUUUGACACAAUAGAUGCAGCAGACCCACCAGAAGAGAACCGCUUCAUUGAGGUGGAGCCAAGGAUGGAGUUUGAAAUUAAGAAUGAUGACAACCACGCUGCUCUCAUGUGUGUUGUGAAGAUCUUGAAAGAUCCUGAAGACACCUUCUGGUAUGGUCAGGAUGCCAAUGGUGGUAUAUGGAAAUUUGACCUGAACGUGAAGAGCUCUCUUCGACAGCCUCCUCAUCAGCUCUUGAUAUGUCAUGCUGGACCAGUGAUGGACAUGGCUGCCUCACCAGUGGAUGAACACUUUGCAACACUUGGAAAGGAUGGGAGACUCUUCAUCUACAAUUAUCUUGAAAAGAAGCUUCGCCUUGUUAAGAGAUUUCCGGCACAAGGCUCGUGCCUCCUAUGGCUGCCAUUAAAUGUGGACAAGACAGGAACUAUGCUGAUAGCUGGGUUUAGUGAUGGCGUAGUGCGAGUAACAGUCGUAUCCUUACAAGAAAAAAUGAAAAACACCAGCUCUGGGGAAGAACUCAUAACAUUAAUUCAGACUACAAAACCACAUACCAAACCAGUUACAGCACUGAGCAUAAAUAAUAAGGGAACAAUAUUAUUAACUGGAAGUGAAGAUUCUACAGUUUUUGUAUAUCAGAUUGCACAAAGCGCUAAAUACAUCUCAUUGGUACCGAUAGGGUUUGUGAUCGUACCCAGUGCUGUUACAUUCCUCAACUGGAAACCUGAUACGAUUACAACGCUGCUGGUAUGCUGCAAUGCUGGGUCACUCGUGGAAGUGACCCUUCCUGAAUGUCCUCAGAAGUAUACCGACGUCUCUUUCCAUCUCGUAAAAACUGAAACUAGGAGCAUUACAUUCCGAAGCUGCAAAUCACAGAUCCGAAAGAACAUGAAAUUGAAAGAAAAAGGACAGAAGUUGAAAAAUCUAGAGAAAAAAAGAGAAGAGAUGGAAAAAAUUAAGAAUGCGAAUUUUGGAACGGAGGUUGAUGAAGAAACAUUUCUAGCUGAUUCAGAACCUGAAGAGGAGUUGGAGCCAUUAUAUUUUCCUCAGGUGCCCAAUGCAAUUCUGUUUGGUCUGUACACUCCAAAGGAUACAGUAUGGCUCUCUGUAUCAGGUUAUGAUGCAGGUUACAUGUAUGAAAUGGUGAUGGAUGAGGAGGAACCUACAUGCUGCACUAUGAUAACAGACGCGGAUGAUAUCCAGAUUUACAGCUACCUGUAUAACCAUAAUAAAAAGUAUCUGAUACUGGGGAUGGAAAACGGACAAAUCCGAGUGAAUCGUGUUAAUCCAAAUGACCAUACUGACUUGUCUGACUACUGGCUCUAUUCUAUGCAUGAUAACACAAAUGGCAGAAUUCGCUGUAUGUGUUUCAACUAUGAUCAGCGCUUCAUGUUCAGCUGUGGAGACGAUGGGAAUAUUUUCUCAUACCAAGUAAAUUUUGAGGACGACGGAGAUUACGUCAUACCCCAGAGGGAAACUACUGCAUCUCUUGGACUCCCUAUUCAAGAGAAAGUUGUAGACAUUGAAGACACAAAAUAUUUAAGUUUAGAGGAAACAAAGGCUAAAAUAGAACAUGACAAGAAGAUAGCAAUAACCAACCAGAGUAAACAGCAGGUUCUCCAGAGAUUAGAAGACCUAAAAAUAAAGUUUAGGGACAUCACCUUUAGGAAUGCGAAGUUGCCAGAGUCCCAACGUAUUCCUGUGAGUGACCUGGAAAUACACCCAGCCAUUACGAAAGAUUUGGAUGACACACUUCAGCGGCAAAUUGACCUUGUCAAACAAAACCUUGCUUUUGAUGUGGAGAAGAGUAGAUUAGGGUUACAGAAACUUCAGGAUUACUUCAUAAAUGUGCUAGAUUCUAUGACAGUCUACGUGUGUAGUAUCAGGACAAAUAAAAGUGUGUCCACGUAUAGGCAGAGAAAGCUGGGUAAGGAGUUUGAUGAUGCAAAGUUGGCAGUACAACUUAAAACAGAAGAGGCUGAGAGAAAAGGCAAGCAACUUAAGCAUGCAGUUUAUGCAGAAAAUGGUGAACUUUUUGGUAACAUAUACUAUUGUUUUGUGAAUUGCGUUAUCAUCAUCAUGUACUUACGUAACUUUUCUCUAAUUUGAACAGACAAACUGGAGGAAACUUUAAGAGUACGUGAAAUACACGUAGUACAGGCAGAAGCACCAAGAGAACCAGACAGAAAAAUUUCUGAGAUGGAAGCUUUUCUGCGAGCAGUUCCAACAAACACUGCCGAAUACAAAGCCAACAAAAAGCUGCAGAGACUGAUGAAAAGAUACCUGCAGAGAAAGGAAAGACAAGAACAAUGGCAGCUCCAGUGGGAUUUGCUUCUCAAAGAGAAGCCAGAUGAAACAAAGAACCAUCCAGAUAAUACAGCAGCUAUUAAAGAGGCACAAUUAACUAUUGGAGAUUAUAAGCUGAAGUCAGCGGCAAACUUCAUAGUGCCCAAACAUUUACGCAUGUCAGCAGUCAAGAAAUACGACCAACUUCUUGAAGCAAGGAAAAGAUUAUUCUUGAUGAAAGAUAAUUUCAACAGCAAGGUUUACGAUCUUCGGAACAAGAAGAUUGCUCUCGUACAGAGAUUCACUGAACUCAAUGCCACACUUAAGAAUAUCCAUAGGGAACUGGACCCAACACAAAGGAAGUUUCUACCUGAAAUUCCAAAAUUUGAUGAAAAACUUGAGUUUCCAGACAAGGGAAUUAAGCUAACUGAAAAGGACAUAGAAGCAUUAAUGCCACGAAAAACAGAGUAUUUUGACUCUAAUAUUCCCACGACAAAUCAAACUGCCAACGACAAAGAACCUGUGGAUGAGGAGCAUGAACUGCUGUGUUCAAAUUGUCAAGAGACUGAGGAGGGAACACGGCAGCAAAUUAUUUCCAAGCCGUAUUUUCCAAGAAGAAACAAUAUAUCAACGGAACAACGAGAAGCAUUGGUCAUUGAGGAUAACACCGAUACAGUCUGGGAGACUGAAAUGAGGGAACACAGGAUGAUGAGGAAACAAUACGAGCAGGACCAGAUCCUGAACGAGACAGAAAUGAAAACUGAAGCUUUUGACAAAGAGAUUGAAGAACUGUCACAUCUGAAGCUAAGAGUCGAUGUAGAAACACAGUUUCUUGAAUUGCAUUUACUCACCUUACAUCAGGAACUUCUUAUCCUCAAAGACUUUGAAAAUAUGGAUGAAAAAGUGACAAAUAAAGUGCUUGAUUCACUAAAGGAAAAAUAUGAGAUGGAAAGAAAGAUUAUCGACAUGCAGAAACAAAUUCAAAUAAAACAAACAGAGAUGAAUGACCUGUUAAAUGAAGAGAAGGAACUUGAAGAUAAGUUUAAUGCAGCAAUAAUGGACAGCAAAUUUGCUGACUUUUUGAGAAAGAUUUACAAGAAGAAGUGUAAACAACCAAAACUUCAAGAUCCUGAUGAUUUGCAAUCAAGCAGCUCAUCAUCAUCAGAAUCAGAUGAUGCACCCAGCCUGAGGUCAGAAAAACUUGGCCUAAUGAAAUUUGAUGAGAGUGCGUGCCCUGAAGGUUGCGAGCAAGAUCUCUAUGAUUUAACUUUUGUGCUAAGAUGCCAACGUCAUGGAUACGAACAAGACGUUACAAAAAUAAGGAAAGAAAUAGAAGAGGCCUUGAAGAAAGAAAUGGAAGAGAAUAUGGAGAAGAUGAAGGCUGUGGAAGCAGUUCUCGAAAUUAACCAAGAAGAACGGGAGAUUCUUCAGAGGGAAAAGCAACAUAAACUAAAUGAGGUAGAAUGUGUGGUCAUAUUGAAACUCAGUCAGAUGCAACACUUCAAGGAGGAUACAGACACUUUGGAGAAAAUUUCAAAUACCCUAGUCUUCUCACAGGAAGCUCUACAGAAACUGUACUCUCGUGCGGAAGAACUCAAGAAGGAAACGCAAAUACUGAAGGACAAAGAGAAGAAUGAUCAAAAACAUUUACACAGGACGAAGGUGGAGUGUCAACACAUGGUGGGGAUGAUUCACAAACUGAAGGAGGAUAUAACCGAGUGCAUGUUCAGGAAGUUUGGCGGAGAAAUUGACCUUGAUGAGUUGGAAGAGUCGGUCCUCAGGAGACUUCUGGCUGAAACUAAAUGUUCAAGGAAAGACAUAAUAGCAGCAUAUGAGAGGAAGAUAUCUGCAAUGCGGGAGAAACUUCGUGAUAAGCAAGAAAUCCUUUCUAGAUCUAUAUGGGAAAAUACAGAGAAGUUACAUCUGCUGACCAUCUUGGAAGACGAAAAGCGCCAUUUGGAGAAGUUAUCACAAAAACAGGCAUUCAAUCCAGAGCAAGCAUCCGAUAAAGACGACCCGUACACGUCUGAUAUCGAGAAGCUAAUUCAAAUUAAGGAACGUCAAGGUGCCAAAAUCAGAGCCUUAAAAAAUGAAAUAAAAAUGCUGAGUUUGAAAAGUAAACCAGUGCCACCUAUCUUGGGACCUGCAAUAACUGUCAUCCCUGAAACAAAGCCUGAAGCGACAUCGGAACAUGGCUCUGGGGCCGUGCGAAUGGGUUGAGGCACGUGCCACUCUACUGUACAAGAUAACCCUUUCAGUUCAACUCUUCAAAUGCCAUACAAUGUUUCGCUGUUGACUCAUGUAAAUGCAUAAUAAUCACGUAACACGAAUCCAUACAAUAGGGUAGAAGCACUGAAAAAUUUCUGGAAACAGUGCUGGAUUUAUGUAAACUAUUCCCAAGGUGGUGAGAGGGCAGUUGUUUCUGUGCCGAUGCGUAUUAGCAUGUGUUGAGAUCAUGACAUUAAAGUUUGCCAAGAACUGAA